UGGUGAAGACACACACACAAACACACACACACACAAAAACACGCGCAAAGUGGGUGAGUUACGUUGCGUGUCGCAGACUUUUUUGUUGUUCUCAUGUGCGUGACGCCGAGCAGCAGUCACUUCCCGCCGGACUAAAGCCUUGAAAAGUUCUCGUCCAGCAAGUAGACGGAUCCCGUUUCAUCUAAAAGGAGUGGUGCUGCUGCAGCCAUGCUGAUGUAUGAUUACCCCCUGAAGACAGACAUGGACACGUCCUUCUACUCAUCGCUGAUGAAGAGCCCCGAGCCGUACGGCGUCAUCUUCUCCCACCCGGCCCAGUUCUACCACCAGAGCCACAUGCAGGCCCUGGCCCAGUCCCACGGCCAGCUGGAGCCCGUGGACCUGUCCCUCAGCAAGCGCUCGUCCUCCUCCUCGCCGCUGUCCUCCUCCGCCUCCUCGCCGGCGUCCUCGCGCAGCACCCCGCCGUCCCCCUACAGCGCGGCGAGACGCACAUCCCCGCGCUGCUCCCCCCAGCUGGGCCGGCGACACCCCUCGCCGCCCCGCGCCCUCCCGCCGCCCGCCUCCCCGCUGCCGUACCCGACCAUGGUGGCUCCUCUGAUGGGCUCGGGCUCCGGGGUCAUCCAGAGCUCGGGAGGGGUCAUGGUGUCUCCGGUCAUGGUGCCUCUGUCCGUCCUCUACUCCUCCCCUCUGCACCUGCACCAGCCCAUAAUGAUGACCACGCCCGUUACCGCCGACGACCACCACCACCAUCAUCAUCAUCGAAGCAGAGAGCACAAGACAGUUCCGCCCACCCAGGCUUUCGACGGGCGAGGCGACGCCCACGACCUGCACAGGCCAAUCAAAGCAGAGCCUCGCGCCGAGCUGGUCCACGAGCAGCACGACAUGAAGUCACCAGUCAUCAGAAUACCACAGGACUAUGAGUAA